UUCUGUUUCCGGUUGCCAGUUGCUAUGUUGCAUUAUCAUUUACGCUUUGUGACGAUUUUGUUUUUUCAAAUGUUUUGGUUGUAUGUACAAGUUAGGUUUCCUCAAAAUUUACAGAUAAUAAACAUUUUGCUGACACAGUAACCGCACGGCAGGUUUGUUGGACCUCGGAGAUGUUUAAAGGAAAAACGAUAACGUACGGAGAUAGUUAACGUAGCUUUUGGCUAACGUUAGCUAGCCACGUUACAGUGAAGCCGCUUACUUCCCGACCAGUUUGCAGGAUGUCUAAACUUGAACGUCUGAAUACCCGUGUGGCCAAGCUUCUGACUGAGGCGGUGCAGGAGGUUCUGGAGAUGGUGAAGGAGACGGUGUCAGAGUACCAGGAGAAAACUGCCAGAACACAGAGAGAGAAUGAGAGUCUGAAGAGGAGACUGCAGGAGCUCCAGGAUAAGAUAUCAAGAGAGAGCACACCAGCUCUACCUUCAUGUGGUCAAUUGCCUGAAGAAAAAGAAGAGGAUCAAGAGCAGGAUUUUGGCCUCUCUCUGCAGCAGAACUCAGAGCUUUCUCUCACAGAGCAAAAACAUAUGAGCGACCACAACCCUGACCAUGAUGUGACGCAGAAAUCUGAAGAACAGGAGAGCUACAUUAACACUGAAUCACAAGCUGAGUGCAACUUGGCACACACAUCAGCAGAACAUUGCAAAGAACAACCAAAAGAGGAGGUGCACAUUACUGAGGAAGCAAUGACUGUCCACACAUCUCAGGGUGCAAAUAAUGUGUGCACCUCUCACUCUAGCUCCCCGCUUGGGGUAAAUCUGGCUGUUGUCAAAAGAGAAACAGAGCCAACAGACUGUACAACAUCAGAACCACCAUCUCUACAAGAACAUUAUAGUGGCUGUGUUGAUUUAAGCUGCAACUCCUCUCGUCACAACUCUGCUGGAAGCCAUAAACCGCAAGUUAGUGCUGAACCUUACGAACUUGUCUUUGUCCGCUCAAAUCACACCAUGUCUAGGAGGCAUGGCUUUGCCAAAACCAACAGGACUGCUUUCGAUGGGAGAAAAAUCAGGAUGGAGCACUUCAGGAGAGAGGACUCACACUUGUGUCUUGUGUGUGGAAAGACAUUCAGCAGGGUCGGGAACUUGAGAAUCCACCAGCGAUGUCACACGGGAGAAAAGCCGUACGGCUGCGUACAGUGCGGGAGGCGUUUCAGUCAGGCUGGAGAUCUGAAAAAACAUAAGAGGGUCCACACAGGGGAAAAACCGUACUACUGCAACCAAUGUGGAAAGAAUUUCAGUCGGGGGGAGAAUCUGAAAAGACACCAGAAGGUCCACAUCGGAGAGACGCUACAGUUGCAGCAGGUUUGGAGGGAGCAGCAGUAGUGAUCACUAUAGUAGACUCAGUGCAAAUAAGUCAAAUCAGCACACUGAGGUUGUGAUGACACUGUGAAGUUUAAAAAGUAGUUGCAGGGUAUUUAAGUUAUAAGCUACAGAAUAUAUUGAGAGGCUGGUCUCUUGUAACUCAUCGAGAAUUGUUACAAGGAGUUUCUUAUUAUUCUGUUUGUGUGCUAAUCAUGCUUGUCCUUUUGCCCUUGCAACCAUAAUAAAACUGUAGUAGGUUAUCUCUUACCAAAUAGGCUAGCGCUGUGCAGAUAGAGAUGCACUGAUACAAAGUCAUACUGUCAGUAUCAGAAUGGUAUCUUUUCAGUAUUAUUUUUGCUGACAGGAUUUCGGCUUAUUGUGGGAUUUGUGUAAUUUCACUUAAUAGAACAGUUAAAUUAGCCAAAGAGUUAGAGGACCAUAUGCUUAGCUUUUGAAAGAAAAAUCAUCUUACUAGUCACAGAAGCAACACUCAGCCUUGAAAACAGUUGUACAAUGUCUUCUGUGGAUCUGGCGGAGCUUUCAAAUGACAUCACACGACAUGGCUAUCUCAGCUUAAGGUGCGGUCACAUGACAUUUGCUCCAUUCCCCAUUAACUUCAAGUGAAGGCCAUCCGAUGGACAACUUCAAACGUCUGUUUCCUGUAUUGGUGCGGUGUCCAGCAGGCUUCAGUGGGUUCGCAGGUCAGAGUUCACCUUUGUUCAACUUUGACACGGCGGAUGUGCUCUUUCAGCCAAUAGAAACUCUGCUGUGCUAUGUUUGGAAAUUUAGAAGUUAUUAUUCUUGUAUGAUUCAUCACCAAUUUUAGUAAAUUAUUACACUACCAGACUACAAACUGUUGCGUCACUCCCACACACUGCUGUUUCCGAUCACUCCUAUCAAUAUUUAUUUAUUACCUGCAUCACAGAGGUGACAUCACAUCCUUUGUGGGGAACUUUCAAAGAACGGAAACGUCAUGUAACUGCACCUUUAGGAUUAGAGAUAUGGAGGUUUCUCUGCCACAGAGUCUAAAAAAAUAAGCAAUUGAGUUGAAUUGUGGGAAAGCAUUUUGGAGCUUGACUCAUACUUUAUUUGGGACUAAAAUUCAGAAUAUCUGAGCCUCUCACAAGUACCUGAACCAGUGUAAUACUAAUGUAAUACAGUGUGUAAUACAGUUAUGUAUCAACAAUAUGGAAGAGUAAAUAUUGGAUAUUGACAUCCGCUUUAAAAAGCCAUAUUGGUGCAUCUCUACUUUACAGUAGCCGGUGUACUGUGACUGUGUGUUUCACCUCUUGUAAAUAAGUGACUGCUAAAGACAAUGAUUGAAACUCAUUUCUGAAAUCUCAAUAGCAUGAUUGUCAUUAAAAUUGCAGAAUUUUUGUGAAUGACUGAAACUUGCUUUAUGCUGGAUGUAUUUAUUGCAGCAUUUUAAGAUAUUUUGUGGCACAAAAGCAAUAAAUCUAAUUUAUUAUCAACACAAAUGACUUGAGUGAGUGGCUUUUCAA